AUGGUUGAAGAUGGUGUUCCAACCAAAAAAAUGAGGGUUGAUGCUGAAGAUGAAGUAAAACAAGAUCGUCGUAAGCUUUUUAUUGUCAAUCUUAAGAAAUUUUAAAAUAUUUUAUAGUCUGUUUACUUGUUUUAUAAACGUUUGUUGUUUUAGAUGUUAACUGGCUUCGGAACAAAGAAGAUACCUUCAACGUGCCAGAAUUCAACGACUUCAAAGUUGUUUGUCGUAACAACGUCUUUUAUGUGAGUCUUUCUUAUUAGAUUUUUUAUUUGAGGAAUUUUUAGGCUUAUAUUGCUGUAUUGACGGCUUCUGAAAAUUUUUUACUUAUUUUAGGCAUCAAAACUGCAAUUAGUGAAUGCUUCACCUGUUAUUCACAAAAUGUUGAAAUCGGAUCCACAGAAAGUUAAGAUUGAGAUGUUGGAUGCGUCACCAGCAGCAGUAGAAGCUUUAUUGAGGUACAUUUUCAAUGGCAAACUUAUCUUCGACUUUGAUAUUGCUCGCGCGGUCUUGAUUCUGGCUGCCAAAUACGAAAUACAGUCUUUGAAGGUAAUUUUCUUUAAUGUAAUGGUUUCAUGGUGUUUGUUUUUUAAAGGUUUUUAUGGUUUUUAUUUUUAGGUAACAAAUUGUAUUAUUUAGGUGGCAACUUAAUGUUAUUUUGGUUUUCAGGAUUUGUGUGAAGAUGUAUUAGUUACCCAAAUGAAGUUUGAUCAUGUUAAAGACUUGAUGGCCUUGUCGUAUGAACUCGAUCUCUACAACCUUCGAAGCAAAUGUUUCAAAAUUGGGGCCAAAGCUACGAAACCUCCAAAUGUGGCCACAGUGCAUUCAAUAAGGGAAAUACUCAAAGAUCAACCAUUUACUUUGGCAUUAUCUAACAAAUUCAAGAAGAAUGCUUUAUGUAUUGUGCAGGAGAACGAAGACUUGGAUAUUGAACCCAAAAUGGCACUUGUUAUGGGAGAAAAAAGCAAUAAUACUGUGUUGUUCAACGCUCAGAUCAAGGAGAAUGUCGGAAAGGAGGAAGUCUUACCACUGGUUAUUAACUGGUAUGCUGUUGAGGACGAUGGAGACACAGAACUGUGUGGAAUCUACACUUGUGCCUUUUCAUUUCUCUCUCCUGCUGCCUUGUUUGAGUCUGGAGUUGUAGAUGAAAGUGUGGAUCUGCAUGGAAUCGAUAUUCCAGAAAUUGGAAGAGUGAGCGAUUGUUUUGAUGAGUGUUUUGCACAAUCCUAUCUUCAUGCUGAAACUGCCAAUUGUGAAUCAUCAACUUCAUCGGCCGGUAAGUGUGAAAGUGGAAGAUCUCAAGGUGGGAAGAAGAAGAUGAAACGAACUCUGCCGAACUUGACUGUAAAAUCUUCUCCAUUCGCUGUGUCUACUCCAUUAUCGACCAGUGCUCCAGUCGGGUUGAAGACUUUGUUCUCAACGCCUGCACAUGUGGUACCAAUGAGAAAGAAUAUUGGUGCGUGA